AUGUCAUCUGAGCAACAUAAAUGCUAUUCAGCAAGUAUGGAUUCCACCAUACGUGUAUGGAAAUUACCUGAAUCUAAAAUAGUACCUUAUGGGCCAGUUGAUCCUUCAUUAAACUUAACAACAUACAUUGGCCAUACUGAUGCUAUUUGGGACAUAAGAUUAUUUCCUAUACGUCAAGCCACUCAAUAUCUAGCUUCUGCAUCUGCUGAUGGAACUGUUAAAAUUUGGGAUACAGAGAUAGUAGGCUCGCCUUUAAAAUGUUCGUGGAAUUAUUAUGGUCAUAAUAAUGGCGAAAUGGUCAAUGGUGAUGUUCCAACUUCGAUUGAUUUUGUUAAUACUGAUUUGAAAAAAGUUGUGGUUGCUUUCCAGAAUUCUAUAAUUAAGCUUUUUGACAUAGAAACUGGACAAUGUGUUACAACAUUUAAGAGUAAUGAAACUUCUGAUAAUACACCAGCAACACAAAUAAAUCGUAUAAUUUCUCAUCCUACACUGCCUUUAGUUUUUUCUGCACAUGAAGAUAAAUAUAUUCGAUUUUUUGAUGUUAAUACAGGUAAAUGUAGUUUUUCAAUGUCUGCACACUUGGAUUCGGUUACAUCACUUGGCGUUGAUCCAUCAGGAAUGGUUUUGAUAUCUGGAGGUCAUGAUUGUUCAAUUCGUUUAUGGGAUAUUUUCUCAAGUCGUCAAUGUAUUCAAGAAUUUUCAUCACAUCGUAAAAAAUCUGAUGAAGGUGUAUUAUGUGUUCAUUAUCAUCCUUCAUUACCAUGGAUAGCAAGCGGUGACAGCUAA